UCGGACCAAACCAUGGAAUAUGUCAUGACCAACACGACGGAGCCUAGGGGUCGACCGUCAUGCAGUCGCGCAGGCCGAGGAGUCAACGAAAUGGGUGGCCUCAGUGACGACAACGGCGAAAUGGACAGCCACGGCGGGCAUGCAGGACGGGGUCCUUCCUCGAACACCGACAAGUUCGAUGUUUGGGAAUAUGUGCGGCAAAUAAAGUGCGCCGAGGAAUCGGAGGAAGCGUCAGCCAAGGAAGUGGAGACCCGGAAAGAAGACACUACCUGCUUGCUCCGAGCCCGGUCACUCUCGUUAGACUCCUUUCUAGGGGAUCUCGAGCUGUCGGGAAUCGGCACGGCUACGCCGCCGCCUCUACUCUACUCACGCAGACUACCCUUAAGAAAGAAGCUGACAGCAGACGUUUCGGGCCACACCGCGUCGCAGGGCCUGGACGAGUCGACUUGCGAGACGGACAAUCUCUUUACGCUCUCUGAGCCAUGUAACAUGGGGUCAUCACAACGGUGUGACCUGGCAACUUACAGCAAGGAGGAAAACCAACGAUUUCUGGACAGAGUUCUUGAACGGAUACCCAGAAAAGCUUUGAAAGACGGCACCAACGACUUCGAGUCUUUCCUCACAGGUGUCAUAAAUACCUCCAGUCCAAGACCACAAACAGGAGGCCCCGGCUCUACCAAUAUAUUUAAGCAGCAACGCCGACCAGGGCUUCUUCAAACUGACCACAGUGGUGAUAUGGCUGCAAAGAGGAACCACCACGUAACCAAUUACACUGCUGAUUGCAUGUUUUAAACUCGGACUUUUAUUUUAAAUCUUUAUUUAUGCUAUUUUAAAUCUUUACUUAUACUUCUAUGCAUAAAAAUGUUAUGUAAUCACAGUGUACCAAUUUUCUUUUUUUUCCCGGCCUGUUCUACCAAUUAAACCUAAUAUGCGACAACUCGUCCUUGUGAAAAUGAAUACUUCACAAACGCGCAUUUAGGUACAUAAUUUUUGGCCCAUGAGAACAAUUACUACCUUGCGCGCAAUUUGAUAUACUAAGCGCUACGCGGCCAGUAGUGUCGAGGCACAAUGAGCACGCGUGCUAUUAGGGUGGCAAAAUAUUAUUGAUAGUAAACGUGGCGAGUGCCGAAAUUAAAAAAUAAAUUUGUUGUAACGAUGGCUUUCCCCAAGCUGGGGCAGACUGCCUGCUUUCAGAGCGUUCGACACCAAUUCUGAGUGACAAAUGCAUCGGGAAACUGAUGCUACGAUGUUUCUGCUAACAUGGGUAUAGUCGUGAAUAUGUGCGAUUUUUUGACUGUUGUAAAUGUUUCUUGGAAUGUUGAAAUGUUUCUUGGAUGGAACAUGACAUUCCUACUUUCUAAAUAAGUAUGUCCUUGUUCAUUUUGGCUUUAAAUUCAUACAAAGCCCGACUUCAGAUUAUACCAACAAUCACCAUACAAUUAAGAGGACUCGAUGGAAAGUGUAGUGUUGUUUUUGAGCUCCUCAAUACGAAUUCAGCGGGUUGUGCAAAACAUUCAAAUAAAGUAAUAAACCUCUGAAAUGAAAA